GGAGAAGAACUGAAAUUUAGGAACUGAAAAUGCCAUGCAAUUUUCACUUUUGCUCUUGCCACAAACUGCUGUAAAAAAAAAAUUAUUGAAGAUUUGUAAUGUUGGACUCGAAGAUGAAGGACGUGUGUCGCAUCUGUGCAAGGGAGCUGUAUGGUAACCAGCGGCGAUGGAUCUUCCACCCAACGGCCAAGCUGAGUCUGCAGGUGCUGCUGUCCUAUGCAUUGGGCAGGGAAAUGACUCGAGACGGCAGGGGAGAGUUCGCCUGCAGCAAGUGUGCCUUCAUGCUGGACCGAAUGUACCGCUUCGACACUGUGAUCGCCAGGGUUGAGGCCUUGUCCAUUGAACGGAUGCAGAAGCUCUUGUUGGAGAAAGACAGGCUCAGACAGUGCAUUGGUGGACUGUACCGCAAAAACAACGCUGAUGAUUUUGGACUGGAUAGCGGUGCUGCGGACUCGUCUGUAGUUGACUUCUCCAGGUUGGCUGAAUCUGAAUACAGUGCUCUACUGCAGGAAGAUCUGACAUACUCUAUUUAUGAGUCCUGGGCUGAGCAAGGCGCUCAAGAGCAGGUUCAAGACCACCAAUGCUCUGUUCACCAUCAAUGCCAUGCGGCAGUGGACGCCACUUCAGGUCCCCGUCCCAGGAAGUGCAAAGGGUGCGCUGCACUGCGAGUGGCAGAUUCAGAUUAUGAGGCUGUCUGCAAGGUUCCCAGGAAAGUGGGUCGGAGCACUUCCUGUGGGCCCUCCACACGGUACUCGGGUAGUGUUCUGGACAGUGCUGAGGAAACCGUCCUAUCCGCUCUUCCACCAGAGCCUGUCGGCGUGAGUCCUGCCUCCUCUGUGGAGUCUUUGGACACCGCUGUAGAUGUCACCCAAGAGUCUUAUGCAAAAGUUCAUCCUAAGACCGUGCAGGGAGAGUCUGAAGAGGAACGAUCUGCUAUCACAAGGCCUGGUUCUGUGUGUGGACUUGAUAUGGCUGUCAGCUUGCUUAAAAGCUUUGAAUAUCACCCUCUCCAGAGUCACAGAGGUAGUCGAAUUCCUGUGCUCCUCAAACCUAAUGCUACAGCCAUGGAGAGUCCUUACCCUCUGCUACAGGUGCCUCCCAUUGGGAUAGAGUGUCCCAUUUCUCCCCAUCUUCCAGAUGCUCCUUCCAGCAUCCAGCAGGAGCUUCAGCUUGAGUUGGCAGAAAUGGAAGACCUGUGGUUAGAUGAGUAUGUGCAGUGCAAGCCACUGGGCCUUCAGAAGAGGUUGAUUGAGGAGCAGCAGUGUCAGCUGGCAGAGUAUGAGAACGCAGCAGGUCAGUGUGUGAGUGAGCUGCAGAAGGCCCAACAGCAGGUCCAGUCUCUCCAGACCAAGAUCCGAGAAAGCGAGGCCAGUAAUAAGAAGUUACAACAGAGGUUCGGGGACAUGGAAGGUGAACUACGCUCUCUCAGAGAAGCAGCAUGCGGUCAGGAGAGAACAAUACAGACCCUGAGUGACUCACUCAACACUAAAGACUGUGAGAUUACUGAUCUCCACCUGCUUAUUGAAGAACAGAAGGAACUUCUGCGCUCCCUGAAGCAACAGAACAACGAUUACCAGCUUCAGCAGCAGGUGUCUGGAGUGGCUCCGAGUCGUCUGCAGGCUGAUUUGUUGGACCUCCAGGGCUCUUUGUUCUCAGCCCAGCUGGAGCUGCAGGGCCUUCGAAGGGCACAGCAGCAGGGCCAGAGGCGAGAAGAAGACCUGGCUCGUGCAAACCAGCGCCUGCAAGCUGACCUGCAGAGAGCCCUGCAACAGCACCAAGAGGGAGAAAGACACAGCCAGGAUCUACAGGGUGCUUUAGAGAAGGUUCGCCUUGAGGUACAACAAAUGGAGGAGAAAUGGAGAGACGAAUGGAGACAACGAGAGAAAGAGGUUGAGGAAGGAGAGAGGACCAUCCGAGAACUGAAGACCUCACUAAAGCAUAAAGAACGUCUGAUAGAAGACUACAGUGAGCUGGUGGAUGCUCAGAAAGAGCCUGUCGGGAAUAGAGACAACCUCAUCCACAAGCUCAAACAACGCAUUCAGGAAAGAGAUAGAGCACUGGAGAGAGCGAUAGACGAUAAGUUCACAUGCAUGGAACAGAAGGAAGACGAGGUGCAUAAACUGCAACUGCUGCUGAGAGAGAAAGAAAGAGACCUGGAGCAACUUCGAUGUGUGCUGUCCAACAACGAGGAAACCAUCACGAGUCUGGAGUUGUUGCUGCGUGGUAAAGGUUUAGAGCUGGAGCAGGUGUGUGAGGCCUGGCGCAAUGCUCAGGGCGUUCAGCGUGAGAGAGAAGAGUCACACAUACGCAGCCUGAGAGAAAGAGACACUUUGAUCAGCCAGCUGCAGAUGUCGCUACACACACGCACCAAAGAGGCAGAGGAGAUGACUGCGGUUCUUCUCAGUAAGGUGUCAGUCGGAACUGGUGAGGUGGCUGAGGAGCUCAAAUCUCGGCUUCAGCUCAAAGAGCGUUUGUUCCAGGAGCUGCUGUCAGACCGCAGCAGACUGACUCAAGAGCAUCACUCACAGGUCCAAGACCUGCUUAACACUAUCAGUGCACGGGAGCAGUACAUCAAGGAUUCUGCAGGGCGUGUGGGUCAGGUGAUGGCUGAACAGACCGCUCGAUUGCAGGAGCUGCGUAGGCAACUUGGGUCAGCUAACCCACAGUUGACUGAAGCAGACAUACAAACUCUUCAGGAUGAACUCCGACUGACUCUCCGCAGAGAACGAGAGGCCCAGAUCCGGCUUACCACCAUGCACGCCACCCUGGCUUCCCACCAAGACCAACUCAAGACUCAGGCUUCAGAUAUAGAAGCUCUGACCAGGAGUAUGAGCAUCAAAGAGGAAAUCAUCAAGGACUUACAGAUGCAGUUGGUGGAUCCGUCAGAUUUACCGUUGGUAGAGCGACUGACCCAAGAGCUACAGAUGCUGAGAGAGAAGGUGGAACAUCAGGACGCCACCUGCAUUAAUCACAAGCAGGCUGUUUUGGAUCCUCUGGUGUCCAUGGAAACAGGACAGGAGGCUAAAUCCCAUGCUGAUUUUGGAGGUGUUACAUCAGAUGAUGGAGAGGAGGAUGAUGAAAACUGCAUUAGUGAGUUUGCGGACAGUGCAGAAGACGAGGAGCGCUCCAAACUGACUUCUCAGGCUUUGCUCAGCGUGCAGAGCUGUGAUCAGCACAGAGGUCUUAGGGGCUGCCAGGAUGCAGUAGCUGAGGGUCCAGGGCUGGCGGAGGUCAAGCUUCUGGUGGAGCAGAAGAGGGCAGUCGAGAGAGAACUGAUGGAGCUCAAGUCCCAGUUGGAAAAGGCUGGUUUUUCCUCUCUCUCUCAAAUGAGGAAAGCUUUCUUUACUCUACGCUCUCAAAAUGAAGAGCUCAAGAUUAUGGUGACAGGAAGAAAGCCUCAGAGCGAUGGACAGAAGAGCACUUCAGAUAGGUGCGAUGGACAGCUGGUGGAUGCAGUUGGCAUAGAGCCUAAUGAAAGGCAGGCGGUGUGUGACCAGACAGUGCGACUGAAGUCUGACCUUGAGCAGGUCCAGCAGGAGAGCAAAGAGCUUCAGGAGAGACUCAUGGUGUCCGAGGCCACAGUUCAAACCCAAGCCGAACAGCUUAAAGACUACAGAGAACUCCUCACGGAAACAUCAGUACAGCAGGACAAUAAGCAGGUCCAGGUGGACAUCCAGGAUCUGGGCUAUGAGACGUGUGGCCGAAGUGAGAACGAGGCAGAGAGAGAAGACACCAGCAGCCCAGAGUUUGAUGAUCUGGAGCUGUGCACAUCUCUUACAUAUCGUGAUGGAGGCUCUCAGUGGUGGGCUGGGUCCAGCUCACUGAACUCUGGGAAGACUGAACAUGACGUGACGUACCUGCAGCAGCUGGUAGAGGACCUGCGUGGUCAGCUCUCCCAAUCUCAGGUUCUGAUCCGUAGCUUGCAGGCCCAAAAGUGUGCUCACACUCCAGUCAGCUCUACUCGUAAGGUCAACUGGGGCUUGGAUCACUCUGAGGCACAGAGCACAGCUGAGGAGGACGAAGGCUGGCAGUCGUCUGACGGCUUUGGGUCUCUUCCCCGCCAGCCAAAGCAAGACCGAGAGCUGCAGGAGCUCAUCUCUCGUGUGACAUCACUGGAGGAGCAGCUCAAGAAGGGCAAAGGUCAUGCAGAAGAUGGCAAAGCUGUGAACUGGCCAGGUAAGUUUGACACGCUGAUCCAGGCUCAGGCCCGUGAGUUGUCUCAUCUGCGUCAGAGGAUGCGGGAGGGCCGUGGAGUGUGCCACAUUCUGACUCAGCACCUGGGAGACACCACCAAGACCUUUGAAGAGCUGCUGCGCUCCAAUGACAUCGAUUACUACAUGGGACAGAGCUUCAGAGACCAGCUCUCUCAGAGCAUCUCACUCGCUCAGAGAGUCAGCACCAAAAUCAGCGGCCGGGAUCACUCUGAAGUCCCAGAUGACAAAUCAGGCCAUGAGCUGCUCGCAAUACGGCUAAGUAAGGAGCUACAACAGAAAGACAAGCUAAUCGAGUCGCUACGCUCCAAACUUGACCAGCAGCAACGAUCGGAUACACCUACUAGCAGUCAUGCCCUUUCUGUGGCCACCGACCAAACAGACAGGACCUCUUUUGUAUCAGAUGACCACGGCUCAACCAAUGAGGAUCUAGAGCUGUGCUCCGAACUAGAUGCUCCCAGCGAAUAUGGCCAAGAGGAGGCAACGAGAAGUGUCACAGACUCACGUGAUCAUAGAGGCUCAGCCUCAUUACAUCCAUCCAAUCCACCAUCUAUCACUUCAUCACACAGCCACCAGUCCUCCUCCAACACCUGUCCCAGCAUGCACUGCACACCACAUAGGCCAUUGGAAACCCAGGCACAGACAGGCCUCUCUACUGUACCUCUGUCCAGCUCCAUUUCUUUCUCCACUUCACUGCACUGUCCACAAAUGUCUUCUCCACCUUUGUUUGAUCCUCAAACUCCACCCUUGAGAACCCGUCACCCUUAUGGUGGGGGAUUUUCACUGGCAGAGGUUCACCGAGAGCUUCAAAUGCUCCAGAGACAGCUUGGGAACAGUGAGCCUGCAUCUGAGUGCUACCAUGGUCCUCAGAUCAAACCCCUUCCUGCGUUUCCAUUGGGCUCCCAUACUCAGCCUGACCAUAGCAGCUUACACCCCCUAUCCCAUCAUGCCUUCGAACAGUCACCUUUCAGCAGCCAGCACAGCAGUCCCGCUAUGAAAUCAGGGGCAAGCCUUCUGGAAAGCAGUGCAAUGUGGGAUAUGAUGUAUGGCCCAAGACCUUUAAGACCAGGCACGUAUGGAGACAUUUCCUCUGGUUCCUCUGGAUAUCAGUCAGGCCAUACAGGCACAGACUUAAUGGAAGAACACUUAAGGGAGAUCCGCACUCUCAGGCGGCGUCUAGAAGACUCUAUCCAGACCAAUGACCGUCUGAGACAACAGCUGGAGGAGAGACUGGCCUCCUCUGGGCGAAACGGAGCAGGGGGAGCGCCCACUAACAUCUAUAUCCAAGGCCUUGAUUCUGUCAGUCAACUGUCCAAUGAGAUUCGAGUACUGAAAGAGGAAAAUCAUGCCCUCCAAACCCAACUCCAGCAGGCCAGGACAGACGCCAGUAAAGAGAUGGAGCAGCUGAGAAAGGUGGUGCUGUCUGGGUGUGGCCAGUUGAAGCAGGCGGAGCUAGAGGCGGACCGGUGGGCGGAUCAGUGCAGACAGCUGCAGUCUCAGGUUAGAGAGCAGGCUCAGGCAGUACUCCAGCUCAAACAAGACAAACAGAACAGUCUGGACAACAGCACCAGGCUACAGCAUGAAGUGAAUGUUCUCCAGCAGCAGCUGAGUGAGUCUCAGUGUCUAGUGCACACUCUGCAGUGUGAACUACACGUGUAUCAGAGAGUCUGUGGCACUACUGAGAGCAACACAGGCUCAGGAUCGAGGUUGACCUUUGACCUACGAGAGCGAGAGUCUAACAUACAUUUGUUGGAGCAGCAGCUGAGAGAGAGGCUGGACCGGUGUAUGCCCCAUUCCUCAGCCAGGAAACAGCUCUUCCAUGACCAAUCACAUUCUCCUCCUGUUCGAGAUACAGGGUUCUCCAGCCCUGCUUCACCAGCUGUGGAAACAGAUGAGCCAAAGUCUUCUGCUAGUGACUCAUCUAGGUCUGGUGCUGAGGUCCCUGAUGGCUGCUUCGCCUGCAAGACUGGGCGUCAUAUGAUUGGUCACGUGGAUGACUUCAGUGCCCUGCAGCAGCAGCUACUGGAAGGGAAGACUGUCAUCCGCAGGAUAGAAGCAGCACUGCAGUCCAGCACAGAAGCACCUAACCUACCAGAGGGUUAUAUGAGGAACUUGCACACCAGCACUAACACACUGAAGCAGAUUCUGGAGGAGACAAGCUCUCUCUUAAAGAUGUUCUGGAGGGCGGCUCUGCCCAGCACUGAGGCCUCAGCCCAGCAGCUCAAAAAGGAGCAGCCAUUGAGAAAAGAGGUUGUCGCACUGAGGCGUAAGUUGUCAGAAAAAGAGCAGCUCCUCAGGGACACGAUGGAGAAUCUAAGGACCUCCAGUCGCACUAAAGACAGCAUGGAGCAAUUCAUUGUCACUCAAUUGUCAAGAACACGAGAUGUGUUGAAACAAGCUCGCUCAAAUCUAGAGAAGAAUGAACUCAAGAUUGCCUGUCUAGGCUGCACCCCUCUCCCUUCAUCCUUCUAUUCGGUCCCAUCCACUCCUUCCUGGUCUGAUAGAGGUGAGGUCUCAGGAGCCGCCCUCCAACAUGCCUCCUCUCUUGGUUGGAAUUUCGUGACCACUCACACUCAGGAUCAGCACGAACCAAUGCACACAGGGGAGUGACAUACAGCGCCUCCUACAGGUGUCCCGAAGAACAGACUCUGUGAGUGCUGCUAUCAGUCACUCAGUUAGAACUAUUAGUUAGCUUUAAUAAACUUCAUAAAAACCAACAAAAGCUCUCAAAGUUGCAUUUGACUAGAUUAGUAUUAUUGAUGUUUGGAUUAGCAAUAAUGUCUUCAACCAAAGAAACAUCAUAUUGGUUUGCGUUUAGUGUUAGGGUUUAUAUUGAACCAGCAACACAGUUAACGUGCAAUGAUACUGUGCUACCAGCCUAGUGAUAGACCUGCUACACUGUAAAUGAAAGUCACCCCAGGGACGAGCUGAAGAACGGUGCAAUAUUCAAUCAGCCUGCUACUGAAGUCUUGAAAUUGGAAUAUCCCAAUAAAGGAGAUGUUUGUUUGUCUUGUGUUAUUGCCAAAGUUUGAGUCUGUUGCUUUAAAUGAACUAACCCUCUGCUGUGUUUUGUCCCAUUAAACCUAAUGUACAUUUAAAAAAGAAAAUAAUUAAUUUUCUUGCUUUUAUUGUUUAUUGUUUAUUUUUUUAUUUUGAUUUUUAUCUUUCAUUUGUUGAUGUUUUUUGAUGUAUAAUUUUCCUGUACUGGAGAGUAUUUUUGUUUUUAUUACUUUUUGGUUUUUGGUCCAAAAAAUGGCAGAAGAAAAUCUGUUUUAUAUUUCUAUUUGCUGCAUCAGCUCUUAAUGGACUAUCUUUAUUUUGUUUUAUUGUUUGUUUUGUUUUUAUUUUCAUCUAUUUUAUUUUGUUAUUUGUGUUUUGUUUUGUUUCACUUUUUUCAUUUACUUUGUUACUUGGUUUGUGUUUUGUUUAUUUUUGUUUUGUUUUUAUUUUCUUGUUUUGUUCUUUUUUUAAUAGGUUAAGUUACUGAGUUAGAUAACUUAUUUUGUCAGAUAUUGCAGACAAUUUUGCAAAUUGUAGAUUGUGAGAGACAUUACGCUACACAUGCAUAGCUUUAUUGUUCUGUGUUUCAAAGCCUGUUGCUCUUGCAUGAACCACAUGAACUACGCUGUCAUUUGCAGUAUUUCAGUAUUCCACAAUAGUGCAAGAAGUCCUGGGGUUACUGCUGUAUAUGUGUAAUGAUCAGGUGCCAUUUUGUUUGCUCUGUAUAUUAUGUAUUAUAUGUUUGAGACACCUGUUUGCUGCUGUCAUUAGGUCAGGCAUGCACAUGUUAUGAUGACAUAACAGAGCCAUGGGUCAAUUCAAGUCAACCUUGCACUCAGUGUUCUAUGACAAUCAAAUAAUUCUCAGAGAGGUUUUGAAUUUUGGAAUUUCAUUUGUUUAAAAUAUUGGUAGCAAUGCAAUUUGAUUUUAAAUUUCCCUUUGUAAACAAUGUUAAUUGAGUUAUGGUUGUUAAUAGUGGGUAGUGCAUGCAUAUUUCAUGGAAAGGUGAUGAGGAAACUCAAAACAAAAAGGGACAAUUUAAUAAAAAGGGAAUCGUA